GCAGAGUCUACAUUCAGCAGCGCGCAGCGGCUCGAGUGUGAUUCCCUUCACUGCUGCGGGCGGGUCUUCUGUGAGUCGAGCUAUAGCAAUAAUCGCGUGAAAUUUCUUCACAUUGCGCCUAAAACUUGGACACGCGGUAAACAGGGAGGAAAUAAGGAAUGGCAGCUAUCAGGAAAAAGCUGGUGAUCGUGGGAGAUGGAGCGUGUGGGAAGACCUGUCUCCUCAUAGUGUUCAGCAAAGACCAGUUUCCAGAAGUCUACGUGCCUACUGUGUUCGAGAACUACAUUGCAGACAUCGAAGUCGACAGCAAACAGGUGGAGCUGGCAUUGUGGGACACAGCAGGACAGGAAGACUACGAUCGUCUGAGGCCUCUGUCUUACCCAGACACAGAUGUCAUCCUCAUGUGUUUCUCAAUUGACAGUCCUGACAGUUUAGAGAAUAUCCCAGAAAAGUGGACGCCGGAGGUGAAGCACUUCUGCCCAAAUGUUCCCAUAAUCCUCGUGGGCAAUAAGAAGGAUCUGCGGAAUGAUGAGCACACACGGAGAGAGCUGACUAAGAUGAAGCAGGAGCCGGUUAAACCGGAGGAGGGCAGGGACAUGGCCAAUCGCAUUAGCGCCUUCGGCUACCUGGAAUGCUCAGCCAAGACUAAGGAAGGCGUGAGGGAAGUAUUUGAAAUGGCCACCAGGGCGGCGCUGCAAGUCCGCAAGAGGAAGAAGAGGAACGGGUGCUUGCUGUUGUGAGAGAACUUUCCGGUCUUUUCCAGAAUGAUCUCCAUAAUGACCAUGAAAUACCAAACUCCAAAUAAAACAAACAAACAAAAAAAAGUUUUUGAUUAAACAACAUAAGUACACUGGACUGUAUGUCACAUUUCAUGCAAACCAACAGGUGGGAAAUGGAGGAAUGUGAAUAAAAUAUGCAUUCAUUGGACAGAGGCUGGGUAGAAAGGCAGGUUAGAUCAGUAUAUUAUAUCAUAUGUCUUGAUUUAGUUUUCCUUUAUGGCACAAUGUUUUUCAGAAUACACACUUUUUUUUUCUUCAGUUUGUACUGUACGGAUGACAUCAGUCGUAACAGUAUUGUAUUUUUGCACAUUUAACAAAGUCUGGUUUUCAUAGUAUUGUAAUAGAAAUGAAUAUAACCAUGUAGAAAUAUCUUAAUAGCACAGAAUUUGAUAAUAAAAUCAGUGCCUUGAUCACCA